CCAUCAUAUCCACUGCAGAAACUAUUCCACAAUAAACGGUCACUGACUCUGGUACGCUUUUUUCAGAAUCAGCUACAUGGAAGUAGUAGACAAGAGAAAACGGACAGAUGACGGAGAAUUGAACGGAAAGAGAAGGAAGGCACAUGAGGAUGAAAACGGUGUGAACCGUGUGAUUAAGAUGGCGACGACGGAAGAUGAUGAGGUGGACGAGUUCUUCGCCAUUCUUCGGCGGAUACACGUGGCAGUCAAGUACUUCGAGAAGAAGCGUAACGGGGAGGGCGACCGUGAGUUCACGGCGUGGAGGCCGUGUUUUCAGUGGCAAGAUUUUGAGCAAGUUAACGGUGUCAAAAACCUGGCCGGUAGAGAGGAGAGUGGAUAUUUGGAUCUUAACGCCGACCCGGAAGCCAAACGUGAAGAAUUAACAGUUAACGGUGCAUUUUAAAAUUUCUAAUGUAGACUAUGAUAUAACAUCAACCAGUCCCUCAAUAACAGUGGUAUUGUUUUUGGAAUUUAAUUUGGUUUGGUUUGAUCUACUGUGCUUUUCUUGUAGCUGUAUUUUGUGUUCCGUGUAAUAGAAUAUAAAGAGAAUGAUGUCAAUUCUUGUAAGUCUAUUAAUUUGACUUAUUCGUGAAGGUUUGUCGAACUGUGAUAGAUUUAGAAUUGAAAUAUA